GCGGCAGAACGCCGAGCCGCACCAGCACCCCGACAUCCCCACCGCGCUCACCGAGCACCUCAUCAUCCGGUCGCAGCGCGGGAACCGCCAGUACGACGUCCCGCAGAUCGGCGCACGUGAGCUAAUGAGCCGGCGACAGACUCGAAUUCAGCUUACCCCGUCCGAGCCCGCAAAGUCGUCCCGGAGGGGACGGCUUCCCGCUCGACUACAAAUACAAUGUCCCCCUGCGGAAGACGGGAUGGAGAGAUUCGCGUGCCCAACACCGGAUCGCAUGGGCCGCUACCGGUGCAUUGAUGACCACGUCCUCUGCGACGGAUUCAUCGACUGUCCCAGCGGGGAGGACGAAGACCGCCAGGCGUGCAUGUUCUACAAGACGACUAAGGCUCAUCUAGACGUCUUGGCGGACGCGCUGUUACGGUGGGCACGAGGUCGUUAAACAGCGACGUUCUGUCCAGAAACCAAUCAAAUUCAAUUAUUUCGUCUGUUACAAUGCCUCACGUGGUUCCAAGAGCGAGAUCCCAAUCCUAAUCGCAUUGCACUGUGCUCUUUCAAUGUUUUGGGCGCUUCAUAGCUUUCAUCCUAAUGUCCCGACCCUAGUAGACGAGAUGAAAUAUUUCUAUCUGAAUGUAUAAAAAGUUUACGUGUCUGUUACAUACUUUUUGUUGAAAGGUUGUAGAGGCGUUCAUAGUCUGAGGCAUGUCGACUUAAAAAUAUAUAUGUUUCUAGCUGAACUAAUUUAAAUAUUCAAUAAAGACAUUUAGGAUAGUGCUGUCCCUUUUUGUUACAUUAUUAUAAUUUUAUGAGACUGGUAUCAGACGUCACGGAAAAACCGAUGAACACGGUUUUUUUAAGUUCACAGAAGACCAAUAUAUAGCCUAACAAUCUCUUACUGUUGAGUUUGUUCAAUUUUGAGAUGGCUCACUAGAAGUGGAAAACGGUAUUUUUAUUCUCCUCGAGCAGAAAUGUUCUUGUCCGUCUGGGCUGUACCCACUUACCCUUCAGAAAUACGAGACGUAAAAACUGUCUUAUAUUUUCUCCCUUUAUGAAAUAAAUUAUCAAGUAUUUUAUCAGAGCAAAGAGUACCAUCUGAUUCUGUAUUCUAUUAAAACCGCAUUGUCCAUUUGGUUUAUUGUCAGCCGCCUGCCCAGAGCCUCAGCAGGGUGCCAUACAAUCAGUAUCUCCUUUAUGUAGUAAUUACUUCAUGUAAUGACCAUACUAUAGUUACUGAUAUAAUAAGUGAUGAAUAAAUUACGUGAUUUCUCAUCGAGAGGGAGAUAACUAGUAGAAGUUGCUUAUGUAUAUGAAUUGCUGUAAUGUAUGUAGGCGCUAUUGUGAUGUCAACGGGCUACUGAAUAUUUAUUUGUUACCUGGCAAUGUAUUGUGUCAAUAUGUAUUGUAAUAGUAUUCAAUGUAAGCUGUAGUGUAGUAGAUAAUCCACAUUCACAUGUAAUCUCUGUUAGUGCACGCAGUGAAAUUAAAUUUUGCUUUUGUAGAGCAAAUCGAUGGCAGCAGUCUCGCUUUCUUAAGAAUGCGUUGUCCAGUAACGCUUCAGAGCAGUGCCAAAAAUUUCAAGAUAUGUUUUCUACGUUGUAAAAUAAAUACAAGAACCUGGUGAAUAAACAUCAACAACAACUGGUUGUGUAAAAUCAGUUACUUGCACUUGUUCUUACUGGGUUAUUAGAAUAUGUGUCUCUACAUAACGGUAGUGUCUAUUUAUUUUCCAUGACUUACGAUUUAUGAAAUGAUAAUGUAAAGGCUGAGGACUGCUAUACUGGUCUCACUUUGUAAAUGCGACGAUGUAAGUGAAAGGCCACUUAUUUUGCACACAUCACUGGAGCCAUCUUAAGAAUGAACAGUGCACUAUGAAACAAAAAUGAAUCUCAAGUAGUGUGAAACAAGAAAAAAUUAUCAAAAAGAAACACUUUUGAUUUAAAUACUGUCAGCUCUGGAAGACAUAUAUUACUACGUGAAAGAAGGGCAAAACUGCGUCGUUAACCAUUGCUGUAUACGUCACAGUAUGACUUCAGACGCGGUUUGGUGCAAAAUAGAAGCCGUAAAUAUUCCUCAUGGGAAUCUACGUGAGCAUAAUGGUGCAACGGAUGCUGCUUUGUGAUAAGUGGGAAAGUACAGAAAACGUUUAUAUAAUACUAAAUAAUCAACCUUCAGAUUACUUAAGCUCCUGAAAUUAAUUUCUAAUAUACCUUCUAUGGAUUCUCGAAGUCGAAGAAUACAUUCCUGUGUUUAUGCACUUAUAUGCACUUAAGCGGAAUUGUGCCUCAUUCCUCUCAUAUAAUCUAAAUGCCUUACAGAAAUCAAGGAUAUAUGGUGCUGGAUUUACUAUCAUUGUGAUACCUCACUUCAAAUGUUCAAACAUUUUUACCCUUAGUUUUUUUUUAAAAAAGUACAUCAUAUUUUGACUGAAAGUACGUCUGAAAGUUGGAAGUUUCAGUCGGUACUCAGUCACAUCUUUACUCAAACCAAAAGUGAGUACUAUGCUACAUACAUGAAUUUACUAGCAUAAAUAUAAUAUUUUAAUCUAUAUCUGCUACAGAAACAGAACAGUUGUUUCAACACAAUACACUCGGUAAAUCAUUAUCUUAACAGAUCUUCACAAGGACUAGUUACGAAUACUACUGAAACGAAAGUAACUUCUACAUUCCUGUGUAUCAAUAAACCACAAGUAAUUUUGAAAAGCAGGUAUGGCUUUGAACAUAUAUGUCGUCAGAAACGUCCAAUAUACUUUAAGUUUCGCAUCUAUGUAACAUGUAUCAGGUUGAUCAAACGAGCUUUUGUAUGUUCUAGAUGAAGAUGUCAUCUCCUGAAGCUAUGAUUAGAAAACUAUUGUGAAAUAACGGUCCUAAUAAAAAGAGAAUAGCAAGAAUAGAUCUCUAUUUUGGUCAUAAUUCCACCCCACCCUACCCCACAAAUACAGAUAUGUGAACCUCACUCUAAAUUCUCGCUAAGCUAUAGAAACUAGGGAAAAACAUGACUGAAAAAAUACCGUGUAGCUUUUUCGAGGAUAUUUUUCUUAAAUUCUCCAACAUUCAUAGUCUACAAAUAUUUACGUAAUAUAUGCAGAUGGUGCAAAGAGGAAAUUAGUUUAUAAAGUCAUCAAAUAUAGUGACAUUUGGAUUAGGUGUAUUUGCACAAUAAUGAAGCAAUAUGCCCUCAAAACUACUCGUAGUCCUGCACGUACUAAAUAUAUGUGACCUAUAGCACUUUUACAAAAAAAUUAAAUCUAUUCUUAUGAAAACUCAGUUGUGAAUAUUUCGUAUAACAAAGACAUAUUUGAACUCAAAGUUGUGGAUCAGUAAAAUAUUCCUUUUAAAUAAAUGUGUUUCUAGGAAUUUUUGUUUGUAAACAAAUGUGUAACUAUUUUACAUUGAUUAAUGUUAUUCAAUACUUUGUGUACUUUAUUUUAAUCUACAAGUUGGCAUUCCAAUUAAUAAUUUAUUUCACUUUUUAACAGCACAAUUUAGCUACUUAUUCAGACACGUCGAAUUUCUAAAGCACUGCAACAUUGUGAUACGAGAUUGAUCCUGCCACAUUUGUUGUUACUCGUAUUUUAUGGUAGUUAUGAAGCACAUUGCACUAGAUUAAUUGUUUUAACUGAAAAGUUGGUGCAACCAGUAAGACAUGGAAGAUAUAUGUGUUCGUGACGAAUAAUGUCGCAGAUAGUUAAUAAAUGUUCGAUUAAAUGUUAAAUGAAGACGAUAAUUUUAAGUAUUUAUGUUUAUGAGAUGUUCCAUAGGUUAUGGAAGAUUUCUAUCUAUGGUAAUAAUCUUAAUAAUAACUGCUCAUGCGAAUGCGCAGUGUGAAGUUCCAACCAUAAUAAGGUUUCAGCUUUAUGUGUACUUUUUGCGUGCAAAAAUCCUUUUUGUAAAUACUCACUUCAUUGAUGUAUCUACAAAGCUUUGAUAUCAUAUGAGCAGAGGAUGAUUAUUAUAUUAAUUAUUUCACAAACUGAAACAUUUAUGAAGAGUUAUUUACAGAGGAAUAUUUAUAUGAGCAACUGUGUUGAUUAGUGGAGAACUAACUGAAGAAAGUUUAAAUUUUCCUACAUGUCACAAUAUUUAUUCUUAAAUGUACUACAUCUAAAUUAUACCAUCACCGCAAAAUAUUCAAAGUGACAGCAACACACUUGAGACACGACACAGAAAAUGUCUUUGCAACAUUUGUUCUGAAAUCUUUUAUUGAACAUAUUGAUAGGACCCACACAUAUUAUGAAAUAUGUACAACCAUAAAGAUAUUUCUUCUGCUACAGAUAAUGAACUUACUUUAUCAGUCUCUUGUGAUAUAAUGAAUAUGUCAUUCACAACAUUAACUAACGACGCAAGGUACUGGAUUACAAGGAAGGAACAAUUACCAUACAUUCCACACUAAGGUACUUUAAAUUGAAGGGGAAGAGUUCCUUAUUGUAGAGUAACAGUUGUCACGAAAUUAUGUGUUAAUAAUACAGAUGCACUGGUUUGAUGUAUAAAAAUAAAAUACAAUGAAUAAAAACAAUGAGAUUGUCUCAGUGGUUAUUAACUGAAGCAUCAAUGUACCUCAGGCCAAUGAGUGACAUUGUGUUUCCUGCAGACUGCAUUGUAGAGUGUGGCAAUAGUUUACAGUUCAUUAAAUAAUAUUCUUAUCAUAAAACUUUUGUGGAAUUGUUUAUUACCCAGUAUACCUCACAAUUUAAAUAACCAGUUCUUCCUUCAAUAUUGUUGUUGUUUAAAUGUAGUUUAUCAUUGUUGUAAUUCAAUAGUAUUUGUUUUAAUAUGUGUGAAAAUUGAUGUGUGUGUGUGUGUGUGUGUGUGUGUGUGUGUGUGUGUGUGUGUGUGUGUGCGCACGCGCCCAUGUGCAUUAAUUUCAUGUGGCUGUAUCUGUACAUGUCUGUGUGUAUUUGUGACUGUGUGUGUGUCCAACUUCGCAGUUAAGGAAAAUGCUUCUUACUUCUUUUCUGAAAGUACUGCCAAAAAUAUUUUUGAAGUUUGUAAGAAUACAUUUUAGUAUUCAUCAAGUAGGGAGUACGAUAGCUAGGACCUGACAUCUUAUUUACAGAUAAUCUCUUUUACUGUUCAAAAAAGUAUUUUUAUCAUUUUUUUGAUGUAUCAGACUUCUAUUAUGUUAUCUGCCAUUACAUUUAGUAAGUGGCCUUAGCUGUACCUGCUGAAAU